CCUCUGUCUCUCUCACACCCAUACAUACAUACACUCUCUUAAGAAACCUCUCUUUCUCUCUUCUUCUUCUCCAAAUCUCUGUGACUUUUGUUUGUUCCUUUUGAUUAUAUCUUCAAUAUUCUAAACCAUCUUCACCUAAGUUCACUCUCUCUAGAUAUAAAUACAGAGUUCUCUGUAUCGUCCCCUGUCUCCAGAAACAAUUAGUCCAUUAUUGUAACUUCUGAUAUAUCAUUUAAGAGUAUUUUUUUAGGAAAGAAAAAACGAAUAUGACGAACCAAAAUGUGGUAGUUCAGGACACACAAGCUGCUAUCAAUAUGGCUAUCAACGUUGCCGUUUCGAACUCAGGGAUUUUCACGACUGCAACUCAGAAGCCACCCUCUGCUCCGGGAGGUUACAUCUCUAUUUCCCAGAAGAAGUUUUUGAAAAACAUCGAGAUUAAUGGAGGAACAAGAAUCAAUACCUGGGUCGACACAAUGAGAGGUUCUUCUCCUACCCAUAUCAAGGCCAGUGCUCCUUUUUCCGAUGACCAAAGCUCUUGGAUGAAUCACCACCCAUCAGCCUUGGACAUGUUCGAGCAAAUCAUUGAAGCUUCAAAAGGAAAACAGAUAGUUAUGUUUUUGGAUUACGAUGGCACCCUUUCUCCCAUAGUAGCAGACCCGGAUCGAGCUUACAUGUCUGAUUCGAUGAGAAAAACAGUGAAAAGCCUCGCACGAUGUUUUCCAACUGCUAUAGUGAGCGGCAGGUGCAGAGAUAAGGUGUAUAGCUUUGUACGAUUGGCAGAGCUGUACUAUGCCGGAAGCCAUGGCAUGGACAUUAAAGGACCAGCAAAAGGUUCCAAAUACAAAAAAGAUAAUGCAAAAGGUGUUCUGUUUCAACCAGCCAGUGAAUUUCUUCCCAUGAUCGAUGAGGUUUGCAAACAGUUGAUUGAGAAAACUAAAUCAACUCCAGGAGCAAAAGUUGAGCACAACAAGUUCUGUGUCUCAGUACAUUAUCGUUGUGUUGAGGAAAAGAAAUGGAACGAAGUGGCCCAGCAAGUAAAGUCAGUUCUGAAGGAGUAUCCCAAGCUGAGACUAACACAUGGAAGAAAGGUGUUAGAAAUCCGACCUACUAUCAAAUGGGACAAAGGCAAAGCCCUUGAGUUUUUGUUGGAAUCACUUGGAUUCGCAAAUUGUGCCGAUGUUUUUCCUGUUUAUAUUGGGGAUGAUCGAACAGAUGAAGAUGCAUUCAAGACUCUAAGAGAAAGAGGACAAGGAUUUGGCAUUCUUGUGUCCAAAAUUCCAAAGGACACCAAUGCUUCUUAUUCUUUGCAAGAGCCGACUGAGGUUAUGAACUUCCUUCAAAAAUUGGUGGAAUGGAAACGACAGUCAAUUAGGAGGCAGGCCACGCUGUAAAAUUGUAUAUAUAUUAUAUAUAGAAUAUAUUAUUGUAUCUAUCUGGUUCACCCUUUUCCAAAAAUGUUUUAAGGGUGUAAUCGAUAUCGGUCUAUAUGUAAUUUCUUGUUCAGGAUAAUUAAGAAUAGAUAGAGUGGGGGUGAAGGGGACAAGAAAAGGGGAAAAGAAAUGUUUUCUAACUUUUUUCUUGGCCCGAAGGGCCUUGUACAUUGUGUUGUAGCUAUCCUUGUACAAGCAUUAAAACUAGUACUAAUUAAUGUAAUUUUGCCAAGUUUUCUAAUGCAAAAAUCUCUCUCUCUCUGA